AUGAGUUUCUACUCUAAGGUCUUCAGCCAGAGCUCGUUGGUUCCGCUGGCGAAAAUCGCCAGCGCACAGACCCGUGCACAACGUAUCAUUUGGGUCACUAUCACAGCAGCCAUGUUUAUGGGUCUGUGCACAUGCAUAGCCCUGGUUACGCUGCAGUACUCUCGACAUCAGACUGUCUUCCAACUGGACUACUCGGGUCGUCACACAGUCUACGAUCAGAUGCCCGGCAUCACCAUCUGUCCCGAGGGCAAGGAGAUGCUGCGUCUGUUUAAGCACGCCUCUAAGGCCAAUGGCUGGCCGGAGACGAACGUCAAUCCACCCUGGGAGUACCCGCCCAUUACGAGGGCACUGUUGGAACUGAUAACAAACGCAACGGAUGAACCUCCGGGGGUCAUCGGCCAUUACCUGCCUCGAGGGGAGCUCAAGUGGGACAGCCAGCAGACGGCCAAAUCACCCAUUUAUCGGAGGUUGCACAACUUUUCGGUGCAAUUUCGAAUUAAACCAGCACACUUGCAGUCCACCUAUCAGAUCUUUGUUCAAGAACAGGUAAGAUUAGUUGCUGAAAUAUGUUGCCAUGUUUAUGUGCUUUUUUAA